AUGAAAAAGCGUCAAGUUGUUCUGAAGAGGAAUGACUCUUCGAGAAAUUCAGUGAAUUCAUCGUUAACUGUUAGGACUGUGAGAUACGCAGAGUGUCAAAAGAAUCACGCAGCGAGCGUUGGAGGGUACGCCGUGGACGGCUGCAGGGAAUUCAUGCCUUCCGGAGGAGAAGGAACUGACGAUGCACUCACCUGCGCCGCCUGUGGUUGCCACCGGAACUUCCACCGCAGGGAGUUAGUUAAGGGUUUGUCUCCUAAGGAAAUGACUGGUGAGGAACCCAAGGCAUUAAAGAAGACAACAGAAAAAGAUGAGGCCUAA